GUAGACGGAGAAGUGAGAGGCGGAUCAACAGGCGGCUUGACAAUCGUAGCUGCGUUCUGCGCUACGCUUUCAGACUUGUGUAAAAGUCUAUGAAGACUGGAGAUGACUUUGCCUGCUUAUCAGUCAAGACGCCUCACUGUCAUGUGGACAUACUUCAGCCACCUCCUGUUGUUGAUGCACUAAAACUAAAACAUGGCUCUUCCGUCAGCACUAAGCCCAGGGAGGCUGUCUGCAGAGGAAUAUCAGGGACAAAGAUGAAAACAACUUUCUGCCUAAAGAAGAGAAACUCCUGCAAAGAUGAAUCCAGAAUCUCUGGACUCGUCCAUCCAGAGCGCCCUCUCGGCCCUUUUCCCGCCUUUCGAGGCCACGGCGCCCAUCGUCCUCAGCCAGCUGUUUCGCACCAUUGAGGAGCGUUACCACGGAGAUGCAUUGCAGUGCCUGCUAGAUUUCCUCAUCCCCUCCAAACACUUGUUGGAGAGUGUCCAACAGGCAGCAUGUGCUGGAUACUCUGAUGUGGUUUUCCGUUGUGAGGGCUGGCCUCUGUGUCUCCAUGACAAAACCAUCAUCCAGUUAGCGCCUGUAAACCCUCUGCUACUGCGUCCUGGAGACUUCUAUCUCCAAGUGGAACCUUUCGGGGACCAAGCGGCUCGCAUCGUCCUCAAAAGUCUUCUGGAGGGAGGCGGUCGGGAGGUGGAGGAGACCCCCGUGCCUGAAACGUCCUACCCCUGCAUCUUCACCGAGGACUGGCUGCAGGACAUCAAUGAAGGACGCCAUGGGACUCCUCUGUCACGUUGCUUGCUUUGCACAGAUCAAGGAGUAAUCAAGUUGCCCUGGGCCCAGAUAGCUAUCCCAGAGUUUUUGGAUAAGCCUAAGAUCAUGCCCACGUAUCAGGAGGCCCCUCCUGAGCCGAAGCAUAUCUCAGUCACCUCCCAUUUCAACUCCUCCACCCUCCCGAUGGGAGCCAUGUUUCUUCCUGCAAAAGACAGGAUGUUGGCCUCUAUGAGAACCGUGCACUGUUCUUCUAAACUUGUCAAAAUGGAAUAUGAAAGACGCACACCAAAAUCUUGCUCCAAACCUUUAAUCAAACCUGUGGGUUGGGUUUCUCCUAAUACGUGGGACAGUCGUAACUAUGGAGAGAUCGAGGGGGACUAUGUGGACUUGGUGGAUAUCGCUAAAGGGAAGGCGUUGGUGGAUAAGCAGAGAGACAGCCACCCGAAUCCACCCCAUUCAGCUUUGUUCAAACCUGUGAGACCCCCUCCACCUGUACCACUUGGGCAUGGUGUCCCCUGUGGACGCACCCUUCAGUAUGCAGAGGAGCCGUGUACGCCAUGCAGCCAGAGGAAGCUGGGACAGGAGCUGACCGAUCAUGACUUGAAGUGUCGGUAUAGAGACUCGUACCUGGCAGCACUGAGGAACCCAGUCCCUUUUGAGAGAGGGAGCAGGGACCUACUCUCUGCCCUGGAGGAGGCCGGCCCUUGUGCAGAAGGGGAGUUAAGAUCCAAGGGAUUUGAAGCUCCGAUAGAUGAAAUUGGAAGCAUUUAUAACCACUCUAAAGAAGCCGUGAUACGUCAUGACCUCUGUCAAUACAAACCUUGCUGUGAACCAACAACAGAACACUUUGUGUCUAACCUCAAAGACCUUCCUACAAGCCCUGAGUCUGAAAACCUUAUGAAGGAAUCACCCACGGUUUUGAAAUCAACCCCUGGUUUGAGCCAGAGUCAGAGAGUUCAGACGAAACUGAUUUCCCACCAGUUAGGACAAAACACUAGCGAGCCUCCGGGAUCAGAUGUGUUCUCGGAGACGCGUGAUGGUGACGUGAAACCACAGCAGAAGGUGGAGGUUCUGAAACCAUCAGGGAUACACAAAGUAAAGCUGAGGUCUCUGUCCACAGUGUCAGAGACACCCAAAAGAAGUCCGCUCCUCUAUAAACUCAACAACCGGAGCCAAAGUGAUGUUUGCCCUGAAACAAUCUCCAGUGUAAUCCUGUGUAAGAAAGCUGAACUGUUGGAUCAGGUGACCACGAAGCUGGAGAGACUGUCUCAGAAAAAAGACUCCCACUCAAGCAGGAGUGAAACUUCCUCCACCGCAGAAGGAGGUGACUCCAGACUCCUCAACUCAAAGACAGAAAAAACAUCUUCUCCUCAAACUGCGAUUCCUCCUGCAAGUCCAGACUCUCCUCAGUCUCCACACACAGAAGAAUCUACUUUCAGAAGCAUCAGCGGUCUGAUUGAACUGGGCAUCAUUUGUUUACCGGGCAGCAGGGACAGGACCUGCAGAGCAGUUGUGGAGGUUCAUGGUGACAGGAAGGAGUGGACGUCGCCCCUUGUAUCAGCUCACACUGUGUGCCAGAUGCUGCUCUACCUACACUCCAUACCAAGGAAAGAGGUUCGAGAGCUUGGAAUGACUUUGGUCAUCAAUGCCAGGAAGAAGCCUCCCCCUCUCCACGUCUACAAAGCUCUGCUGAUGGCCCAGGAACAAGCUCUUCAUGCUGUGCACAGUAUCGUCAUACUGAUGGAUAAAGACACUUGUCCACGCCCUGAAAAACAGCCCGGGCUGCAGAUGGACAUGGUGACGUCUAUGAAAGCCCUCAACAAGACAGUGGAAGCCUCCCAGCUGACAUCUGACCUGGGCGGUACCUUUACUUACAGCCAUACAGACUGGGUGCAGUUUCACCAGAAACUGGUUUCCUUCAUGGCUGAAUUGCGAGGGGCAGACUUCCUGUUGCAGAAGGCCAUCAGGAAAGUGGAUGGCAGCAAAAAGACACUGGACACUGCCCAGGAUGUGCAGCAGUGUAUUCAGGAACAGAGGGCUUCGAUGAAGGAGGUGCUGGAGGACACUCGACUGGUGACUCUGCAGAGAGAAGGAGGGGCUGCACUGGCCAGGAUGAGGAAAGAGGAGUUCCGAUUUCCACAGUCUGAAGAUUACAGAGAUGGUCUGGAAUCAGUAACAAGUCUGUACAACCAGGUGGAGGAGAAGCUCCACAUGCUGGUGAUGAGAUCCAACGAGUCCCUGCAGCACCUGGAGUUUCUCUUCAGGCUCAGAGACAUGGAAGCCAAAAUCAGCACGGCAGGGACCUGGUUCAAUGGAGAGGGUGAACCGAGACUGGUGGACUCUUACACAACAGAUGAUACCCUGGUGGGCACUGAAAAGGCUCUGCAGCACUUUGAACAGUUUCUCACUCAAUCCAAGGAGAAACAACACCACGCCUUGACCCUUGUGACGGAGGCCCAGGGAAUUGUCGCUGCCAGCAACUCCAGCCCUGCAACAGAUGUUUUUCUUACCCUGAUCAGUUCUUUCAAAUCCAAUGUGGAUGGUUUUAUGUUGCGGGCAGAGAAGAGAUACAAGGACCUGGACACACUGGUGCACAUUCACCGCUUCUGUUUUCAGGCGUCGGCCCUGGCCAAGGAAUGCAGUCAUUUUUUGGAGCAGGUAGAGCAGGGGUGUUACUCAGCUAAGACCCUAAGCACACUACAGAUGUAUGAAAGGAGAUUAGGUGGGGAAUUCUCCACCCUGCACUUCCAGGCGCUGAAAGCUAAGGCCUGUGCAGUGGGAUCCGGGGCCUCUGGGGUGUUAAAGGUGUGGAAUGCAUCUUGCGUCCUGUGCCAACAAGUCAGGAAGCAUCUUGAGGAGAUGCAGAAGAAGAAAGGAGCAGAUAAGAAGCAGAACCAGCAGACCACAGCUGCAGCCUCUCAAGUGGAACAUGGGGGGACGGAGAUGGAUGAGAAAAGGAGUGAGGUGGGGGAGGAUGAACGCCCCCUGACAAUGCAGCCAACCUCUCCGAAAGAGGUUGUCAAUAUUUCAGAAAAUGAAAGAGAAAGCACCAGUGCUGCAUUUUCCGAACACCAUUCAAAACCUGACUUGAAAGAAAGUGAGAAAGGACCUGAUGCAACAGUUAAAAAUAAAAAAAUGACUCCAGUUUUUCCACAUAAAAGUGACAAUCAUCCAGAGACCAAAUGGAGGCCAAGAGAGCAUCGCAGCCAGGUAGAUCUGAGGAGCUGGGAGUCUACUGAAGUGUGCCAUGAUUCCCCACCGCACAAGGGCCUGGGUCGGUCCCUGAGCGAUGGAUCAUGUGUCAGCUCUCCCUUGAUGAGCAUCUCUGGCUUUUCACCUUUGAAUGUGAGACACAAACACUGUCAGGGCAGGACACAGCCACUCCGACAAAAUCUGCCCAUUUCCCAUAACGGGAGUUUACAGUCAGGGAACUUGAGCUGCAAGUCGAUCAGAGACAGUCAUGAAGUGGAGGGAGAAGGAUGCACAGCCUCCACCCAGAGCCCUGAAGAUUCAACAACCCCAGAGACAUUACUCACACCAACAGAAAACAAUGGCAGCAGUGUUUUGAAACUGCAGCGGAUAAUGGAGGAGCUGCUGUCCACAGAGAGGGAGUAUGUGAAGGCUCUGGGUUACGUUCGAGAACACUACUUCCCCGAGCUGGAGAGGGCCGACGUCCCUCAGGACCUCAGGGGCCAGAGGGGGAGCAUUUUUGGUAACUUAGAAAAACUCCACGACUUCCACCAACAUCAUUUCCUGGAGGAGCUGCAGAGCUGCGUGAAGGAACCCAUCAGAGUGGGACGCUGCUUCCUGCGACACAGAGAGAGCUUUGCUUUGUAUGCCCUUUACAGCAAGAACAAACCACAGUCUGAUACUCUUCUCAUCAAUCAUGGGCAGGUUUUCUUUAAGCAAAAACAGCUGAGGCUGGGAGAUAAAAUGGACCUGUGGUCGUACCUGCUGAAGCCUGUGCAGCGCAUCAGUAAAUACAGUCUGCUGCUGCAGGACAUGAUGAGAGAGUGUGGUCCGGGACAAACCAGAGAGAUGUCUGAGGUCCAGGCUGCCCUGGAGGUCAUCCACUUCCAGCUCCGCCAUGGCAACAACCUGCUGGCCAUGGACGCCAUUCACAACUGUGACGUUAAUCUGAAGGAGCAGGGCCAGCUGAGAUGCCAAGAUGAGUUCCUGGUAACAUUCAGGAAAAAAAAGUGUUUCCGCCACAUCUUCCUCUUUCAAGAACUCAUCCUCUUCAGCAAGACUCGAAAGACGGACGUAGGAAAUGACACAUAUAUCUACAAACAGUCUUUCAAGACAUCAGACAUAGGCAUGACCCAGAACAGCGGCGACAGCGGCCUGUGUUUCGAGAUCUGGUUCAGGAAGAGGAAAACGCAGGACACUUAUGUACUCCAGGCAGUUAGCCAAGAGGUGAAGGAGGCUUGGACCAAGGACCUGGAGCGCAUCCUCUGGGAGCAGGCGGUGCACAACAGAGAGGUCCGUAUGCAGGAGAGAGUGUUCAUGGGUAUUGGAAACAAGCCUUUCAUGGACAUUCAACCCAGUGAAGCAGCGAUCAGUGACAGAGCUGUCAACUAUGUACUGAUGGGAAGAGUCUCUGCAGAAAACAAGGUGCUGUCCUCUGUGGGAUCAUAUGUGGCAAAGGAUGGCCAGCCAAAAUCUGUCGGCUCAGGCACCAGUUUAUCUUCCUCCUCUUCCUCUGGAGGCAGUUCCAUGUCCCCUAUGGGAUACCGGUGUAGACCAAAGGGCAGGUCGGUUGAUGGGGUGCUUGCAGGAUACGUAUCGCCCCCUGGAGCGCUGGAGGAGGACGAUCUGGACCAUGACAGCGGGAGUCAGACCUUACUAUUGGACAGCUCGGAGUCAUCAGGAGAGAGUGUGAGCGGCUUCAGCAGCUGCAGUCAUGGCUACCACUCAGCCGUUGGAGGGGAGGCGGAGGACUCCUCCUCUGUGUGUGCCUCUGUAACCACUGUUAAAGAGGCUGCGGUCGGUCACCUAGCUGAAGCUUCUGCACAAUACCACAAACCAAAUGCUUUGGCAGGAUCCCCAGACAAAGCUCAACCACCAGUUGCUCCAAAGCCCAAACCCAAACCACAGUGCCAGGCCAAGGAUCUCCCCUGUGGCAAGGUUCAGAACACUAACGUUGGAAAAUCCACUGAGGUUUGACUUGUGAGUGAUGGUUUAAGAUCUAGAGGCAAACAAAGAAAAAGAAGAGAGAAGUCGACCAUUGUCUGCGUAGAAGAGAGAGAGACUCUUGGAACAGAAACCCUUUAAUACGAUGUGUUACUGUAAUCAAUUACCACUCUGUAAAUACAGCUUUUAAAUCCCACCACUUAAAGAACAGGUCAGAAAUGUACGGUACUCUGAGCAUGAACAGUGACACAUUUUGAAAUACACCGUACCUGACGUGGGUCUGCAUAGUGUAUUUUAAAUCAGUGUCAUAGUUUAUUCAGAAUAUCAUAGAGUUGCUAUAAGUCUUUGUCUCUGUGCUUAACGCAAAACUUCACCUUAGUUUGAAAAUGUAGCUAAUUCACUCUGGUGAAAUAAUAAAGCAGCACAUAAUGUCAUCUUUUAUAUCUACUGCCUUUUGUACAGUUAUCAAACUUAUUAUAAACACGUUCACUUUCUUUGUUCUUAAUUAACAGUUUUGUAUAAACUUGUAUGUUACUGCUAUGAAGAUAUUGUUCCAUGUAACAGUUGUAUUUGAAAUACAGAACAUUUGCAUUAA